CGAAAAGUUAAAGGGGCAGCAGGCUGACAAAGAGGGGCGGCGCGAGCUCCUCCCGUGCCCUUGUCCCCCAGCGAAGCCGGCGGGGCGACCACCUGGCCCCGGCGCUUUGACAGCUCCGCGAGUGUCCCGCAGCGAACCGCUUUGUAGUUGACAAUGCGCUCGCCCGGGGACGACCUGGGCGCGCUCCGCCGUGGCUUUCUGCAGUGACCCAGCUAGGCCGAGGGGAAUCGACGAGAAAUUUCUCCAAAGCCAGAAGCACCAAGAAAAACCGGCGCCAGGGCCAAACUAAAAAGUAAAGUGUGGCGGCCGCGGCGGCGCGGGCCGUCGGAGCCCCGCCGGGCGGAGCGAGGCUGUCAGCAUCUUUCCCGCCCUUGUCUUGACCUGCCUUUGCCAGCUCGGUGACAUCGUUGUCCCUGGGAGGAGGAGCAUCACACACCUGCAACCCGAAAGACAGACCGAUAAACACGGGAAAGAACCUGGUGGGCAGCACCAGCACCGGCGGCGAAGGUGGCCAAAGCCGUCAGGGCGGACAGAUAACAACCGAGCUGGUGUACCUGGCCCUUCACGAGAAAGUAAAACAAAACCCCGCUUCCCCACGCAAAACCGACAACCCACAGGGCAGGAGCCACAGCUUCAUCAGGAACUUCAGGCGGGUGGGAUUUUCACUUGCUUUCCUCUCCACGGUCUCCCAAGUUGAAAUGACACUCUGGGGCCCGGCGCACGCAUGUGUCCCUCAUCUGCCAUUUGACCCGGUCCGACUUCUGCCUGCUCGCGCGCCCACCCUCCACUGCAAGCCUCCUUCUGUGACCUCAUUCCCUGCCCCGUUUCCAGGGGCCGUUCUGUGACUUCAUCACGGUCACGUCCGUCUCAGCCCCGGAGCUUCAGAGGCCCCAAAGCCCCGUUCCUUGCAGAUCAGUCUAGGGAGUGGUGGAGGGCUGGGCUCUCAGCAGAUCCUGGAGCGCCCACUUCUCCAGGGCCCGGCUGGGGGGGCAUUCGGCUCCUUUCUCCACUGACCCCCCCCCCCCAAGAAGCGUCGGUGCGAGACCCGCGGCCCGGGCGCCCCCCUCCCCCGGCUCCUGCAGCGCCUCGGCGGGCGGGCGGGGCGGGCUCCCGCACUCGGCAGGCGAUGGCCGGCAGAGCCACCUCGGCGCCACCGCAGCUGCCCGAGCGCCUGGCGGCCGGGCCGCGGCGGCGCGCGAGGAGCCCGGGAGCGCCGGAGAGGCACCUGCUCGGCAGCGUGCCCGCGGCGCAGACCCUGGCCAGGGUCAUCCGGCCUUGCUACGGCCCCCACGGGCGGCAGAAGCUCCUGGUCACCGCCGGAGGAAACACGGUGUUCACGGGCUACGCCGCGGCCAUCCUCCGGGCCCUGGAGCUGGAGCACCCGGCGGCGCGGCUCCUGCGCGAAGCGGCCCACGCGCAGGCGGAGGGCCCCGGCGACGGCGCGGCCUUCGUGGUUCUGCUGGCGGAAGCCCUGCUCGGGCAGGCCGAGCACCUGCUGCGCGCCGGCCUGCCCCGCUCCCAGCUGCGCCAGGCCUACGCCGCGGCCACCGCCGAGACCCUGGCCCUGCUGCCCUCCCUGUCCAUCCGCUCCCUGGGGCCCUUGGAAGACCCCUUUUGGGCCCUCUAUUCAGUGAUGAACACCCACGCCGCGCCCCAGAUGGACUACUUGGCCAAGCUGGUGGCCCACGCGUGCUGGGCCACCAAGGAGCUGGACGGCAGCUUCCACCGCGAGCGCGUGGGGGUGUGCACCCUGCGAGGGGGGAGGCUGGAGGACUCGUGCCUGCUCCCGGGGCUGGCCUUGAGCGCGAGCCCCUGCGGGCAGGUGACCACGGUGCUGAGCGGCGCCAGGGUGGCCCUCUUUGUCUGCACCUUUGGUCCUGCCAGCCCCCAGGCUCCGGCGACGGCCCGUCUCUCUAGUCCCGAGGACCUCACUAAAUUCAGGAAAGGAAAUGAACAGUUGAUAGACAAGCAAGUAGCCCAGCUGGCAAAAGCAUGUAUUAAUGUGGCGGUGGUUUGGGGGGACAUCGAUGAGAAGACGCUGGCACAGGCUGACAAGUACGGCAUCAUGGUGAUUCAGGCCAGGGCCCACAGGGAUGUGGUUUACUUGAGCCGGGGGCUGGGCACGCCUUUGAUGCCCCACCUUCUUCCUCCCCCGCAGCCGGGAAAGUGCCAGAGGGUGUACAAGCAGGAGCUGGCGGAAGGUCUGGCUGUGGUGUUCGAAUGGGAAUCUUCAGGUACCCCUGCCCUCACCUUGGUCCUCAGGGGGGCCACAGCGGAGGGGCUAAAGAGCGCGGAGCAGGCUGUGUACCACGGCAUCGACGCCUACUCCCAGCUGUGCCAGGACCCCAGGCUGCUGCCGGGAGCGGGGGCCACCGAGAUGGCUCUGGCAAAAAUACUCUCAGAGAAAGGAAGCCGACUGGAAGGGCCUAACGGCCCCGCCUUCCUAGCAUUUGCACAGGCCCUUCGGUCUCUUCCGGAGACCUUGGCAGAGAACGCAGGCUUGCUGGUCUCAGAGGUCAUGGCAGAGCUGAGCUGCGCCCACCAAGCUGGGAACUUCCUGGUAGGAGUAGGGGCUGAGGGGAUAAUAAACGUGGCGGAGGGAGAGGUGUGGGACACCCUAGUAGCCAAAGCCCAAGGACUUCGAGCGGUGGCUGAUGUGGUUCUCCAGCUCGUGAGUGUAGAUGAAAUCGUAGUGGCCAAGAGAAGUCCCGCCAAUCAGCAGGACUUGAAUCCUGUUCCUAAGAAGGCAAGGGAACGGCCGUCUCCCGUGAAAAAGUCAACUCGAAACGCUUAAGUAGCAACAUCCUCAAUAAAAUGUAGAUCGCCAAGGAAGGCACAAUCACCCCCAAAAA